AUGGCUCCAGAAGAUUCAGCACCGGCAUCAUCCCUGUCUUAUUCUAUUCGAAAUAUAUUGAGUCCGGACUUUGGUUUGAGAGCGUUGCAGCAUGCUAGGAGAUCAUCCUGCAGUAGUAAUAGAAUCUCAACACCAGCAUCAACGCUUUUGUAUAGGCCGUAUGCUUCGACUGUAACAUCAUCGCCACCUCAAAGUCCAACCAGCCCGUCUAUCAGUUCUACCAUCAGUCCGCCGACCAGCCCUGAUAAUAAUAGUGUUGCAUCCACACCUAACAAGACACCCGAACUUUGGCCUGCAUGGGUAUACUGCACGAGAUACAGUGAUCGACCCAGUUCAGGACCUCGAUCGAGGCGUCAGAAAAAAUCUCAAUCCAGUUCCUCAGGCAAUACAAGCUCGGAUGAGAAAAGGCCCCGAACGGCAUUUAGUGGUACCCAAUUGGCAAGGCUCAAACACGAAUUUGCUGAAAAUCGGUAUCUGACAGAAAGGAGAAGACAGCAGUUAAGUGCCGAACUUGGUUUGAAUGAAGCACAGAUUAAAAUCUGGUUCCAAAACAAAAGAGCAAAAAUCAAAAAAGCAUCUGGCCAAAAGAACCCACUAGCCCUCCAAUUGAUGGCCCAGGGUCUGUAUAACCAUUCCACGGUCGCAUGUGAUGAAGAUGAAAUGUGUGCGAAUUAA